AUGUCGGUAAUGUAUCCAUCGGCGUUGCACGUGAUGCCCUGCAUCUCCUCGCACGUGUUGGGGCUAACGGCGAGGAGGAAGAAAGAGGAGGAGGAGGAGGAGGAGGAGGAGGAGGAGGAGGAGGAGGAGGAGGAGGAGGAGGAGGAGGAGGAGGAGGAGGAGGAGGAGGAGGAAGAGGAGGAGGAGGAGGAGGAGGAGGAGGAGGAGGAGGAGGAGGAGGAGGAGGAGGAGGAGGAGGAGGAGGAGGAGGAGGAGGAGGAGGAGGAUUCGGCAGCGGAGGACCGGACCGGACCGGAAUCUCAAAGCAAAAGGGUGGCUACCGAGACUCACGACUUCAGCCCAUCAAAGCUCGGAAGCCCAUCAAGCGGAGCUUACAGUGGGUAG